UAUUUCUUUCUUUCUCUUCUCUAUUUUGGAAGUUGAAUUAAAUCAGCUAAAACAAUGUAUCUACUUGAAAACUGACACCGUCAACGGUGUUCUCUACUACAAGUCAGGCUUUGAAGUGAACCUGAAUGUAAAACGUCGCCGGCGGUGAAGGAAACAUAUUACGCUGGGCAAAUCUCUCGCCGCCGCAAUGGAGGACACUUCAUCGUAUCCACCUAUCGACCCCACCAACUUCGAUAUCAUCAUCGUCGGGACAGGGCUGCCGGAAUCCAUCCUCGCCGCCGCCGCCUCUGCCGCCGGGAAAACCGUCCUCCACCUCGAUCCCAAUCCCUUCUACGGCAGUCACUUUGCUUCUGUUCCCCUUCACGAAUUCACUUCCUUCCUACAAUCCCAAUCUUCCCACCACUCCCCGCCGCCGUCCGCCACACCAGGCGGCGGCGACCACACCACAGCCGAUCUGGCCUCCCGGCCCAUGUACUCCGAGGUCGAGAUAUCUUCCCACUUCGCCGAACCUCUUGAGCUCUCCAGGAAAUUCAAUCUCGAUUUGGCUGGCCCUAGGGUUCUGUUCUGCGCCGAUACAGCCGUUGAUCUCAUACUGAAAUCAGGCGCUAGUCAGUAUAUGGAGUUCAAGAGUGUUGAUGCGAGCUUUUUGUGUGGCGGUGAAGGGAACUUGUUGAGUGUGCCUGAUUCGCGGUCGGCGAUAUUCAAGGAUGCAAAUCUAGGUCUUGCCGAGAAGAAUCGGUUGGGGCGCUUCUUCAAGCUUGUUGAGGGGCAUUUGAAGGCAGCUGAAUCGGGAGAUGGUGAGAGCGGUGAUAGUAGUAGGAGGAUUCCGGAGGAGGAUUUGGAGAGUCCUUUCGUUGAAUUCUUGAACAAAAUGCGGUUGCCGCCGAAGACAAAAUCGAUUAUUCUAUAUGCAAUAGCAAUGGUUGAUUAUGAUCAAGACAAGUUGGAGGUUUGUAAAGAUGUUCUGAAGACAAGGGAUGGAAUAAAUCGAUUAGCGCUUUACCACUCUUCAGUUGGCAGGUUUCCAAAUGCACCUGGUGCAUUGCUUUACCCUAUUUAUGGCCAAGGGGAACUGCCUCAGGCAUUUUGCCGUCGUGCUGCAGUCAAGGGUUGUGUAUAUGUUCUUCGAAUGCCUGUAAAUGCUCUACUGAUGGACAAGGAUACUGGGAGUUACAAAGGUGUUGAGCUGGCUUCUGGUCAGGAAUUAUUCAGCCUUCACUUGAUCCUUGGACCAUCAUUUGUCAUACCAUCACCACUAGUUAAAUCAUCUUCAGAAUUCCUGCAAGGUACAUUAAAAGAUUUUGGGCCUCAAGGUGUUGGGAAGAAGGUGGCCAGGGGAAUUUGCAUCACAAAUAGUUCCUUGAAGCCAGAUGCUUCAACUUUUCUGGUUGUAUAUCCUCCUAAAUCUCUAUACCCAGAGCAGGCCACAUCAAUCCGAGUUCUCCAGAUUGGUAGCAGUUUAGCUGUUUGCCCAAGUGGCAUGUUUGUGUUGUAUCUUUCAGCUUUGUGUAAUGAUGCCAUUGAAGGAAAAAAAUCACUGCAUGCAGCUGUAAAUGCCAUGUUUUCAGUCCCUAUUACUGGAACACCUGAAAGUAGUUCCAGUGGUGAAAGUGAGAAUGCAGAAGUGAAGCCCACUUUACUCUGGAGUGCUCUGUAUAUACAGGAAAUGGCUACAAGUUCAUUUGGAUCCAUUACCUCUACCCCUAUGCCAGAUGCAAAUCUGAAUUACAGUGAUCUUCUGGACACAACCAAGGAGCUGUUUCACAGAAUGUUUCCAGAUGAAGAAUUCUUUCCCGAGGCAGCUUUUUCUGAGCCAGAUGAUGGGAGGCUUGAUCAAAGUCCUAAUAGCGAUUUAGUGGAUGCUGGUGGGCACAAUCAAAGUCCUGCCGAGGAGUCACUGGAUUCACAACAGCAAUUAGACUAAGCCAUCGAAGUCGUGUUAUAGGUUUGCUUCUUCCAACACAUUUUUCUUGAAUUUGCAGCUCUGGGUGCAUGGAGGAGACGAGAUAUUUCUUCUCCUUAGGGAAUUUUUAGUUGUUAAACAUGGAAAAGACACCCCCAGGGAACCAUCUGCAGUUGCCUGCACUUGCAAGUCCCCUAUCAGUUGAACCAUUUUCAGUGGAACAGAAAAAUGAGCCAACCUCUUGUAGUUGGGGAACAUACAGUUUAUACUUUUAUGGCUUAUUAAUUAUUGUAUUAUUGGGUCGACAAUGAAGAAACUCAUGUUUAAUUAUUACUGUGCAAACAAUAGAAGGAUUGAUUUUAUUGCA